GCCACAUUUUAGUACGAUUACGACUCGCAAAUAACGCGGCAGAAAAAAGGACAGAGAAAAGGCAAGAAAAUCCAAAGAUUCAACUAUUCAAGGAGACGGGAUCCGGCGAAAUGGCAGCGACGCCGCCGCCUUCACCGUCGCUGGCGCCGGAGAUCGGCCCCGACGGCCUCGCCCGAGACUCCCCUGUCCUUGCCUACACCGAGAAGGUCAUUGCGGAGGAGCAGCUGCAACUGAAGAAAUACAUCCAGGAAAAUUAUUCCAAAAUUCGUGAUGUUGAAAAGGAGCUAGAGAAUCUUACUCUCGAAGUUAAAUUGACAUCUGGACCGAAGAAAGCAGCACUCGAGCAUUUGCGGAAAAAGAUUGAGGUGUCAACAGAGAGAAUACGUUUAGCUAAGGUGAAAGAAGACGAGACAAAAAAGGCCUGGGAAGCUGCUGCACAAGUUGUUAAAGAGGAAGAGGAUGCUAAGCAGAGGCUAUGUGACGAUCUGAACCGGCUGGUCCAAGAGAGUGCAGCUUCACAAUAUUCAAGACUGGAGGAGUUAAAGAAGCGUUUAGAAUGCCUUAAUCCUGUCAGGGCUUCUGUGGAUGUUUGUGGUAUUAAUACUGCACAGCAGCCAACCACAAAUCUGGUACCUCAGCAACCAACCUCACAAAAUCCAGCGAAUGCAACUGCCCCUGCAAGCGAUGCCUCCAUCGGACAACAGCACCAAAGACCUGCUGAGGCGGAAAGGAAGCGGAGACCAUCGAACGCAGGAGGAAGAGGAAGAGGCGGUGUGAUGGCUCUCCCCAAGGGGAGAGGAAGCUCUGGGUCAGGAUGGACGGGUGCUGGGUUUGAGACAUGAGGCUUGGAUCUGUAGUUAUUACAUGAAUGAAUUGACAUGGCUGUCUCUGGUGUACAACGAAAGCUUGGUUGGAACUGUAGGGUGGAAAAAUGUAAUGGACUGGCGAUCAUUUGUUGAUAUACAAUAUAUGUUGUGCAGCAAUAAAACAAGUUGCUGAGAGCUGUAACAUCUGGUAUAAUACAGUCGAUCAAGGUCAUAUUUUAACAA